AUCAUAGAAGAGAGAGAGAUUCAAAGUUUGAGCUUUUGUGAGAAACAAGAAAACAAGAAUGAGAAUUAACGAAACUUCCCAUACGCCCCCCACCUAUUUCCUAUCUUGUAAUCUUCAAACCUUACCACACAUAGUCACACACAAAUAAUUAUACAAAUGAGAAACCAGUCUCUAUUUCACAACCACCUGCAUAUAUAUAUAUAUAUAUAUAUAUAUAUAUAGAUAGAUAGAGAGAGAUAUGGCUUGGAAGAUACAGAAAGAGAUGAAUGAUGGGAUUGUAGAGAGGGCUCUUAGCAGCCUUGGCAGAGGAUUUGAUCUAACAUCCGAUUUCCGAUUGAAAUACUGCAAAGGAAAAGAGAGACUAGUCAUACUUAAUGAAGCAGAAACAAGAGAGCUCAGAGUCCCUGGUUUUGGAUCCUCCAAAAACAUCUCCAUCGACAUCAAAUGUGACAAAGGUGAUCGAACUCGAUACCAAUCCGAUAUUCUAGACUUCAAUAAGAUGUCUGAAUUUUUCAACCAAAAGUGUUCGAUUCCCGGGAAAAUUCCGUCCGGGAUGUUCAACUCCAUGUUUGGAUUUGAGAGUGGUUCGUGGGCAAUCGAUGCUGGCAACACCAAGUGUUUAGCACUGGAUGGUUUUUUCAUGAUUCUCUUCUCCCUCCAUAUCGAUCGCUAUCCUCUUCUUCUCUCCGAUGAGGUCCGAAAUGCAGUUCCUUCCACUUGGGAUCCAUCUGCACUUGCAAGAUUCAUCGAGAAAUAUGGGACCCACAUCAUCGUGGGGCUGGGAAUUGGCGGGCAGGAUGUGGUGCUAGUAAGGCAGGAUAAAUCUUCCAACUUGGAGCCCACACAGCUCAAAAAUCACUUGGAUGAACUUGGAGAUCAGUUGUUUACUGGGACAUGUGCCUUCUCACCUAAUCACUACAAGAUCAGAGAACAAAAACACAAGGCACCACAGGCUUUCAAUGUCUUUGAUCCUCAACCUACGCUCUUCAACAGCUUCUCCUCAAUCUCAGCAAAAGAUGGAAUUAGUGUUAUAUGCUCCAAAAGGGGAGGAGACACAACAACUAGCAGCCACUGUGAAUGGCUUCAGACGGUUUCGUCGAUGCCGGAUGCAGUUCACUUCAACUUCAUUCCUAUUACCUCUCUUCUCAGAGGAGUUCCUGGGAAAGGUUUCUUAUCACAUGCAAUCAACCUUUAUCUUCGCUAUAAGCCUCCUCUAGCGGAUUUACAGUACUUUCUGGACUUCCAAGCACACAAGAUUUGGGCUCCUGUUCACAAUGACCUCCCACUAGGUCCAACCACAAAUAGGGCUCUCCAAACCCCUGCCCUCCAUUUCAACUUAAUGGGCCCAAAGCUCUACGUCAACACUACCCCGGUAUAUACAAGCCACCCUGUAACGGCUGCCAAAAAACCAGUCACAGGGAUGCGGUUGUUUCUGGAGGGCAUGAAAUGUAACAGGUUAGCCAUACACCUCCAACAUCUAUCAAGUACUCCAAUGUUGCUCCAGAACAAGAUAGAUGAUGCCAUGGCUAAUUGGCGUGGAUCGGAAGAGGUUUCCGAUGAACGGUAUUUUGCAGCCAUUCAAUGGAAAAAGUUCUCCCAUGUAUGCACAGCCCCGGUUAAAUAUGACCCCAGAUGGACUACUAGAAAAGACGUGGCCUACAUUGUCACCGGAGCUCAACUUCACGUGAAAAAGCACGAUUCCAAGAACGUUUUGCAUCUCCGGCUCUUGUACUCCAAGGUUUCUGAUUUUUAUGUCGUAAGGUCAAGCUGGUUGCAGUGCUCGGAACAUUCUCAGAAGUCAGGCUUCUUCUCAGCUAUCAGUAUGUCGAUAUCUGGCAACGCGGUGAGGGAGAAAAAUCCGGCAGUGGUGGUGGAUUCGAGUGUUUAUCCGACCGGACCACCAGUGCCGGUGCUGACACAGAAGCUAUUGAAGUUUGUGGACAUGUCACAGUUGUGUAAAGGGCCAUUGGACUGUCCUGGACAUUGGUUAGUCACUGGAGCUAAGCUUGAAUUGGAGAAGGGGAAGAUAUUCCUUCACGUAAAGUUCUCUUUGCUGAACAUGUACUAUUAAUGAGAAAUUAAGGGAGAAAUCAGUAUGUCGAAAACACUUUUUGUGGGACUUAACAAUGUAUAGUUUAUGCACUUUGUUGUUGUUUUUUUAUUUUUUAUUAGGUAAGUACUCAAACACA